AUGACUGCCUACAAAGAGGACAGAGAGGUGGACCGGGUCAUUUCAACACUAAGGAAUGAGGAGGGAUUUAGUGAAAUUUAUGAAAAGUCAACAGAAAUGGCCAGCACCAUUGAUGUGGUUCCAGUAAAGAAGCGUGUAACAAACAGGCAGCAAAACAGAGAGAACCCACCCUCACAGUCAAUAGAAGAACAUUACAGACUUAAUUUGUUCUACCCUUUUAUUGACCAUGUGACAAGCCAACUAAACACCAGGAAGGAACCAGCUUCUGUGGAGACCGCUGGGAGCCGCUACGCUGACGUAGGCCCCUGCCAACAAUUCAUUCGUCGCUGGCUACGUCCUAUCUUCGCCUGCCCUAGGAGAACGGGAAGAGGACGUGUGGACCCGGUUAGUGUGGAUCCACAGGUAGCAAAGGUGUCGUUGCAUCGGUCGCAGCCCCAGUGCCAGGAGAGACCCCUGCCCCCGUGCCGUGCUGCACUAGAUGGUGUGGUGACGAGGAACCUAGGAGCCCCGAGAAGUCCUUCCCCACAGGAGGUGGGCCGAGGUCGAAGGAGCUCCGCACGGCCCUUGCCCUGCUAUUUCCAGAUCCCCAGGAACCAGGCUUCUCCCACUCCAACGUCCCUUGGCCCCCACUUUGAGCCUGGUUGUUUCUCCAACUUGGGUCAGUACAACGCAGGAUUAGCCAAGAAAUUACUCCUAAAAGGGAACGCGAUUCCAACCUUGCGUGUAAUACCCGUGGACGAGGAACAUGCCAGUACAUCAUUACCAACUAACUUCACAAGAGAAAUUGGCUGCCAGACCGAGCCCGCUGAACGACGGAGUGUUGGCACGCAACUGUCAUCUAGGACUCUUUCACAUUACAAAAGUGAAGCUGUCCAGGCUACUGUGUCCUGCAAGGUGAUUGGCACAUCCACAGAUCCCUUUGUAGCCCCACUUCCUUUUCUAAGCUCAACACCCAUAAAGCCUCCGUGUAAGAGACCUCGUCUGGAGGAGGAGGAGGAGGACCCUUUAGAGGGGAGCUCAUUUACUGUUUCCCUUGACCCAGACACAUCCUAUGACCCUGCAAACUCAGCCUCAACUUUGACAGAGACAACAGUCAUGUCAGAUGCUGCAUUCACUUCUACACAGGAAAUCAGAAAGUACAUUGUGUAUGAGACCUGUCUGAUGGAGCUGUUUGAGGUGUGUGCUACAUGCAAGCGGGCAUGUCUGGUAAAAACCAAAAGGCUUGGGACAUUUUUAUCAGUAGAUCAGCUUUGCAACCACUGUGAGUAUUCACGCAGUUGGAAAAGCCAGCCUCUUCUGGAUAAUACACCAGCUGGGAACAUACAACUUUCUGCUGCAGUGUACAUCAGUGGAGCCUCGUUCUUCAAAGUUCAAAGGGUGUUCAAGGCAAUGCGUCUGCAGAUGUUUCUGUAUGACACGUUCCGUCGUCAUGCCAGAAUGUUUGUAGAACCAGCUAUUGUACACACCUGGAAACGUUCACAGGAGGUUAUGCUGCAGCAGCUCAGCCAAGAUGAGAAAGUCAUUCUCUGUGGCGACAUGAGGGCUGAUUCUCCAGGGCACUGUGCAAAAUAUGGCAGCUAUACCAUAAUGGACCUCAACAUCAACACUAUUGUGGAUCUCCAGUUGGUUCAGAGCAAUGAGGUUGGUGGGAGUUCAUACAUGGAGAAAGAGGGCCUGAAGAGGAGCUUGUCAUUGUUACGUGCACGAGAUGUAAACAUCGAUUGCAUCGUGACCGACCGCCACCCACAGAUCCAAAAAUUCCUGAGGGAGGAAAGCGUUACACAAUUCUACGAUGUCUGGCACAUGGAGAAAGGGCUUUCAAAGAAAGUGGACAAAAUAAGCAAGAAAAAGGACUGUCAAAAACUAAAGAGGUGGAUACCGGCAAUCAGAAACCACAUGUACUGGACAGCUGCAUCAUCCAAAACUGGGCCGGAGAGAGUGGCUAAAUGGACCUCCCUCCUGAACCAUGUUCGGGAUGUUCAUAUGCAUGAUGACCCCAUCUUCCCAAAAUGCCUCCAUACAAUACACAAAACAAGGGACAAGAGUAAAUGGCUCUCAGCAGGAACUCCUGCAUUCUACACCCUUGAAAAGGAGCUGACCAAAAAGACUGUGCUGAAGGACAUCGCAAAACUCAGUCCCCACUACCAGACGUCCUCUUUGGAGUCGUUCCAUAGCGUCAUCCUACGACUUUACCUGGCUGCACUGCAUUAUAAUGAGAAUGCUGAUCGAGGACAAGCCACCACAUCAUCAGGGGAUCCUCGUUUUAAACUGAGCUUUCCAAAAUCCAGGAAGGGAGAGUGCAGAGCCAGACCAGUGAAGACGGAGGCAACAUUCCGGUAUGCUGAUGACUUGAUGGACCUGAUCAUGGAGAAAGUCUUUGUCGACCCAUCAUCAUAUAGACACGAGAUCCUGGAUAUAAACAUCCCGCCGGACCUGUCUUCACAAUAUGAGCAUCCAGACAUGAAUGAAGUCAUCGCCACGUAUGUCUCCAGAUUCAAUUGAGAGGGGGUAGUUUGAAGCCUCCAUAUGUUCCCUGGGCGUCUGGAAACUCCCGUCGGAUCCGAAGUACCACACAUGAAGGGAUCACUACCCUUAUGUUCCGACCAAGGAAGCCCCAGCACCAGCUCACAAAGCUUCUAUAGGCAAGAAACCUGUAACGACUGAGAAAAAUGUACAUUGGUAAUGAACAGGUUCUAUAAUGUCUGUGUUUACAUAUGUAAUAUGGAUUCUGUGAAUCUUUCAACACUGUAUUUGUUAAA